AUGUACAAGGGUGCAUGCACACGCGCUGCCUUGAUUGCGUCACAAGCUAGGGUUGCCGAGCUCGAAUCCAUGCUGAAGUCGGCCAAUAGCUACGCAGACUGGAAAAUUGUGGCCGUUACUACGAUAGGGCUCAUAGCUUGUGCGAUAUUUUCAGCAAUAGCUAUUUGGGGAAUCUUGCGAACGGAGAAAAGGGAAAAUGAAAUACAUGCUGUGACUCGAGUGGGCAAGACUGAUGCAGCUGACGCGACUAAAACAUCUGGAGCACACCACAUACCUACUGGUCCCUUGGACGUGGUUGCCAAGUUUUACGCUGAGACGGCGCGCCAGUAUCCAGGAGUGAAGCUUGAUGCGAACCUGAAAGACCUUGCCGAUGCUGUCGCCGAGUCUUUCUCCAAUACACCCACCACUUCAGUCGAUUCGGAUGCCGAGACUCAAGUUGACGAGGAUAUCGACACAGAUAGCGACGGUGAGGAUAUACAUGAGACUGCUAUGGGGGUUUUGUGUCUCGAAGACGAUGAAGAUGGGAGUGAAGCCAUGUAUUUCGAAGCAACGUCGGAGGGCUGGGUCGAUCUGGAGUACGAGACCUGA